AUGAACGCACAGGAGCUCGACGAAUUAAUCACAAAGUACAGCGGCAUUUUGAACAAUUUCGAAGGGGAGAACUUGGCUCGUCGAUUUCGCGCGCUUUUCUCCCUCAAAGGGCUUGGAACCGACCGAUGCAUCGAAGAAAUGGGCAAGGCGUUUGCCGAUUCUUCCGAGUUGCUCAAGCACGAGGUCGCUUAUUGCCUGGGCCAGACGAAGAGCGAGAAGGCGCUGGAGAUUUUAAAGAACUGUCUCAAUGAUAUGAAACAAGAACCGGUAGUUCGACACGAAGCGGUGGAAGCGAUCGGCGCCAUUGGCCCUCCAGAUUAUCUUGAAAUGCUGAAAGAGCUCGCUGCAAACGAUAGGGAUAUAGAAGUUAGGGAAACGGCCGAACUAGCUUUCGACAAGAUCAAGUUCUUGGAAGAGCAUCCGGACAAGCAGCACUUGAUGAAAAACAGAUUCAACUCGGUCGAUCCAGCGCCGCGAUCCGAAGAAGAAGACGUCGCAAAACUCAGCAAGGCGCUGAUGAACACGGAACUCUCGCUUUUCGAUCGUUACAGGGCGAUGUUCGGCUUGCGAGACGUUUUGCCAAAGAUGAAAACAGAGGCGGAAAGAAAUGAAUGCAUAGAAGCCCUUUUGAGCGGCUUCAAAGAAACGAAAUCGGCCCUGUUUAGACAUGAAAUCGCCUUUGUCUUUGGCCAGCUUGGGGAAGAGGGCUCACACGCGACUGGGCGACUCGUCCAAGUUGUCGACGACGAACUCGAGCAUGGAAUGGUCCGGCAUGAAGCUGCAGAAGCACUCGGAAAUAUGUCAAGUGAUGUUGCUAGUGAAUGUCUAAAGAAACAUCGAACAAGUUCUGCUCAAAUUCUCCGCGAAAGUUGCGAAGUAGCCCUGGAUCAAUCGGAAUACUAUGAAAGCAAUACGCAAUUUCAACCUAUAUCUGCUUGA